GGACUCUUUUCGCACCUUAUCCGUGACAUGUGUGACUCCAACGGUGUAUUACGCCAUCCGCAGCUGACAAAUGUCAAAAGAAAUACUUUUGCUUAGACUAUAAAAAGGAUAUAACAUUCCAUCUUCACAGAACUUUACCCAAUUCUACCUUCUUCCCUUUCAUUAAAUCUCUCUUCUUAAAGACCUGGGCUGGCCUCAGGCAAAUAGCAAUCGACUGGUCGAAUUGCAACAACAUAACGAAUACACACUCUUUCAAAAACACAAAAUGCUCUCUGCCCUUUUCAAAACGUUGAUUGCCCUGGUGGCAUUAACGUCUUUGUUAGCAAUCAUUCAUGCUGCACCAGCUCCUUACCGAGUUCUACCUGGUGAAGAGCCACAUCCUAUCUACGGUCCAAAUGGAAUGGCCUUAAGUGAAAAGACCGUGAUUCACAAACGUGAACCUUUCGUUUUGGAACCUGGAAUGCAUCCUUUGGAACAUAUGCCACCAGGAACAGUUGCAAAAUUCACGGCACUCAAGCGUGAUCCUUAUGUCUUGGAACCUGGUAUGCAUCCUUUGGAACAUAUGCCACCAGGUACAGUCUCAAAAGUUACAGCACUUAAACGUGACCCUUACGUCUUACGCCCUGGAAUGCGACCAAUCGAACAUCUUCCUAUGGGUGCAACAGCUCUCAAACGUGAGCCUUCUCCACUCGUACUAACGGGUAAUAUGAAACCUAUGGAGAACGUACCGAAAGGGAUCCACAUUCUGCGUCGAACACUAUUCAAACCUGCUGAUAAUGCAACAAAGACGUUUGAUGAUGGUCAAAAGACUAAAGAAACCGAUUUCAAGAACAAACAAAAGGAUGAUUCGACAAAAGCCACUGAUCAAUUCAAAAAGGAUCAAGAAAAGAAGGAUAAUGAUCAAAUCCAAAAGUUACAAGAUGAUCAAAAGAAGAACAACACAAGUACAGCAGACGCACAAAAGCAAGUUGAUGAUUUGAAGAAGCAACAAGCGACUGAUAACGCAAAGGAUCUUGCUGAUUUUAACAUCCAACAAGAUGAAGACAAUAAGUCUGCUUUGGACACUUUUAACUUUGCACAGAAGCAGGAUAAGCAAUCAUUUGACUUGAAGCACCAGCAAGAACUUGAUGAUCAAAAAGCACUUGACGAGCAAAAGAAGAAACAAGAUGCUGCAAAUAAGAAAGCCAUCAGUGACCUUCAAGAUAAGCUCAAGAAGGACAAAGUUAGUGAUGCAGAUGCUCAGAAGCAAGUUGACGAUCUCAAAAAGCAACAAACGGAUGCCAAUGCCAAAGAAGUAGGUGAUCUUAAGACCAAACAAAAAGACGCAAAUGACAAAAAGGUAGACGACUUGAAGAAGCAGCAAACGGAUGCAAAGAAUAAGAAAGAUGAUGACGAUUUAAAGACGUCCAAUGAUCGUAAGAAAACCACUGCUACCAAAAAGCUUAAAGAUAAGCAAAGCGCACAGAACAAAAAAGCAUCCGAUGAUUUACAAACGAAGCUCAAGAACGACAAAACGAGUGAGGCUGACAUUAAGAAGCAACUGGAUGAUUUACGCAAAAAGCAAGAGGAAGAUGACAAAAAGGCAAACGAAGAUCUUCAAAAGAAGCUGGACGCUCAAGACAAGAAAGCCAGUGCUGAUUUAGCAUUCCGUCAAAAGCAGCAAAAAGCGAUGUUCGAUCUUAAAUCAUCCCAAAAAACUUCCGACGAUAAAGCUUUGGACGAUUUGAAGAAGAAACAACAAGAUGCCAACCAAAAAGCCAUUGACGCCCUCAAAGCCAAGCAAAAGUCUGGUAAGGUGAGCGAUGCAGAUGCUCAGAAACAAUUGGACGACUUGAAAAAGAAGCAGGAAGAUGAUGACAAGAAAGCCAAAAGCGAUUUGCAAAAAGAUCAAGACACGAAAAAUAAGAAAGCAGAUGAUGACCUUAAGCAAAAAAAUGAGGAUGCGUCAGGUAAGAAGGCAAUCGAUGAUUGGAAAUCCAAGCAAAGUGAUGAUGAUAAAAAGGCACAGGAAGAUUUGCAAACCAAGCAGCGUACCGAUAAUCAAAAAGCCGUUGAUGAUCUUAAAGCUAAGCAGAAGGCAGGUAAAGUCAGUGAUGCCGAUGCAAAGAAGCAGCUGGACGAUUUAAAGAAACAGCAAGAUCAAGCUGAUAAAAAAGCUUCUGACGAUUUAAAGAAACAACAGGAUGAUAAGAACAAAAAAUCUGACGCUUUCCUUACGAAUGCCCAAAAAGCAAAAGGCGAUGCAAAGUCUGACGAUCAAAAGAAGCAACAACAAGCUCAAGACUUUUUCAAAAAUUUGUCUGGGAUGAAUCAAGAUCAAAAAGAUCAAGCUGCAAAAUUCUUCAAAGCAAAUGCCGAUCAACAAAAACAACAACAGCAACAACAACAAACCUUCUUCAAGAAUCUGUCACAAAACGAUCAACAACGUAAACAACAACAAGAUGAUUUUUUCAAGAAGUUGGCCGAUCAAAACAACAAGGACAAGGACCAAGACAAGGAUAAAGAUGGCAAGAGCAAAACAACUACCAGCACUUCCGCUACAAGCACCUCGUCUGCAAGUACUACAUCUAAGAGCACUUUCGCCACUCCAAAGCCUACUGAUCAUAGAAACUGGCUCGCCGAUAUCUUCGACAAAGAUGCCAAAGAUGACAAGAAACCCUCUUCCACUUCAUCGGAUGACAAAAAGACUACUUCAACAUCCACUUCUUCUUCCACCUCUUCUCCUACUGCUCAUGUGAAAGCAAAGGCAACUACGGCUUCGCAAAAGACCACAUCGACAAGCACAAAGGAUUCUAACACGCAUCAUACACCUUCUCCGACCCCAUCUCCAGCUUCGCAUUCGAAAGACGAUGACAAGGAUUCAAAAACAUCUGACGAUAAGAGCACAGAUGACAAAGACACAUCGAGCAAAGGCGAUGAUGACAAAGAUAAGCGAUCAUUAGUCUUCAAGAGAGAUUUCUCAUAAAUUGAUCAUAUUAUAGGUCGUUCCCGAAUUUGUACAGAUGAAAUAA